UUAAUCUUUGUAUUCAUUCCUGUAGGUGUAAAAGAAAGUCUUUGCAUAUAUAUUUUCAUGUCUAUACAACCACACUUCAGUCGUGGCCUGUGGCAUGUGCUGUGAGUAUCACUGUGGCUCCCGGGGCUUCCAACAUUGAGCAGCCCUGCUCUUGGUAGUUGCAUGUCUCUAAUAGUACAGUAAUUGUUUGCUCUGGGAAAAUUCCAGCUUGCAACUUUCUGAAAAACAGGCGCUCCCAAAGAUUUGUGCAUCGUGCAUUUUUCCCGACCAUCCCACGCUGAUGUUGGUGAAAGGACCCUUGUGAUCCACAAGCAUCUGUAGCACCAUCGAAAAGCACCCCUUGCGCUGUAUGCACUCCUUGGCGAGGUGGGUCAGGGGCCGAGAUGGGGAUGUGCAUCCUGUCUAUCGCCCCAUCACAGUUAGGGAACCCCAUCACCGCAAAGCCAGCCACAAUGUCCCCCACGUUUCCCACAGUCACAACCCUCCGAGGCAGAAGGGCGCUAAUCGCCUUGGCUAUGUGGAUCACAGCAGCCGCUGCUGUCCAUUUCCCUACUGCCAACUGAUUCCCAGCUGACCAGUGGCAUCUGGCGUUGCCAGCUUCCGCAGGGCAAUUACCACUUGCUUCUCCAUUGUCAGAGCUGGCCUCACGUGGGUAUUUUUGCGCGUCCAGGCAAGGGAAAGCCAUUCACAGACUGGCCUGCGUGAGGGCCACUUUCACCAGAGGGGUUUGCAGCCACUGCUGAUCAUCCCAUAAUAGCAUAACUCUGCGGUCUCACCGGUCUAUCUCGCGGCACCGGCCAGAUCAGCCCAGUGUGGAAACAACACGCCCUCCCCCCCAUUUUUCCAGGGGUCCAAGUGAUCUCCUCCGCCCCCCCACACACACAUACAUGGACAUGGGGGGGGAGAGUCAGUUUCCCCCUCCCAGCAAAUCACGCCCGCUCUGGGGUUUAGACAGGGCUGGAUCCUGUUCCUUCUCUCUCCCCCUGUCUCUGAGGGGCUGGGUCACUCUGCACUCAGCAAUCUCUGGGCAAAGGCCACCGGGCCCCAGGAAAGGGAGAGGGGCCAUGGGCAGGCAGCCCUCAGCAGGGCUAUACUGGGGAGCUGCCCCCCCAGUACCUACAGGUCUGCGGGGAGGCACCGUUCCCACAAAAGGUCAAAGAGGAGGUGCCGCUGGGGCUGCCAGGUAUCUGGUAUUGAACCAGACAGUCGAGCAUUUGGAGUUUGUGUCUGGUAAACAAAUUGAGAAAUUAAGGAAGUUUUUCUGCUUCUCCUGGGCCCGGCUCGGCACCCAACAGAAGCCUGCUUGGGACAUGUGGCAAUUCAAGGGGCCGCAAUCGCAUUUCGGCCCAACCUCCCUCAUCCCACCCUGCCAGAUCUCCCUGGUUACUCCCCGGCGCUUUUUUUUUCUCCCCUCAACAAAUUUUUAUCAAGUUUUUGUCUGGUAUUUUUUUUGAAACCAUCUGGCAACCCUAGCUGCUGCUGUUCCUGCAGCACUGGUGGCCACACGCUACAGCCCGCCCCCCUGCAAUGGCCGGGCCUGGGAGCAAUUAUCCCCCUUACCUCACCCAUCAGCGUGGACACGUUCUCCUACAAGUCUGAGUCAGUGUCAGCCCAGAGCCCCACAGAGGUGGUGCUGCCGCGCAGCCAACAGCUACAGCCGGGGCUGCAGGGAAGGGCUGAGGCUCCCCCUGCUCUGUGACUCCAGGAUGACCCGCCCAGCGGUGGGCAACUCCCCAUGGGCUGCAUGGGCAGGGCGGGGUGUUCCCAGCUGGCAGGGCGCUGGGUGGUGGAGCCAGGCACUGAGUGGUUGGUUGCUGUUGCCGAGCAGGUCCUUUUGACCUCGGCCUCACGCGCACAGUGCCCAUUCUGCCUCACAAAGGCCCCUCACAGAAAAUGUAGGCUGCCCACACAUUCUGAGAAAGCAUAAUUUGUAAGCGCACAAUGCAGCUUUCAGUGAAUGGAAUUUAACCUUGUAGGCAUCAAAGAACAGGGAGAUGAGCAUGAGAAGACAGAGCACAGCUGCAAGAGAUAGAUAAGACUCUCUUGACUGGUCCUUAAAGUAGGGAGGUAGGCAUAAGGAGAUAAGACAACUGUCACGCACACUGACCAUGCCUGCAUCAGGCACUGUCCAUGGGGCCAUCAGGCAGGCAUCAUGAAAAAUCCUAUAGGGCAAUAUUGCACAUUACCUCAUUACCAGCCUAUCAGGCCCUGCCCAAGAACAGAUCCUAAUAUGGUACCGGACAUCAGGUUAUGGCAUAAAAACCCUCGACCCCUUUGUUCCUAGUGUUGAGGGCAUGUGUCUUUUUUGUUUGCCCGGCUGAAGGAUUGAUCACCCUGAGGCUGCCUCCCCACCCCUCCGAGUUAAAAACAGGGGUGCGCGAGUCCUGAGCAUGUUCAGAGUUCUUGUGUGUUUUUAUGCUGUUCCCGUUGCUGGAUUUUCUUUCAUUCAAAUGAAUUCCAAAGACGGGGUCUGGCUUGGACUCACCACUACAUCCCCCACAAGGAAUUGGACUUGGAUGGACGGCUCCCUGUUAAAUACAGCACUGGUAAGGAGUCACAUUGCUGAUAGGUGGCACUUCCUGAUUUUGGAGGUGUCUGUCAUCCUGCUAAGACCUACCUGCGAGGCUGCUCUUAGACACAGUUUCGCUUCUGUACGCUGACACCUUCUACUGCCUUAGUCAUGGCUGGAGAUGUAGUUUAUGCUGAUUUAAACAUAGCUGGAGCCUCUUCAAGACCACCACAUCCAUCACAGCACCUCAAUUUCCCUCAGUGCCCACUUUGGCAUCGGAUUGCUCUGGGAGUUGGAUGGGCUGGGAACGUCAUCCUGGCAGGAGCUGUGAUCGUUCUGAGCAUCUGGGUAGUAACCAAAGGCUCCCGCCUGAAGGAUUUCCGAUCUCAGCUGAAACAAACACUCUGUGUUUCAUCACACAGCAACUCAACAGCAGGCUCCGAGUGCAAACUCUGCCCCAUGGACUGGUUGUUGCAUAGAGAAAAGUGCUACUGGGUCUCGAAGGAAAUUAAAUGCUGGAAGAAGAGCUUUGAGGACUGUACAGAGAAAAAGUCUCACAUGCUAGUGAUCCACAACCAGGAAGAGAUGGAUUUCAUACAGACUAUUACAAAAGGUACAAAUCAUGUUUGGAUUGGACUUAACGUGACAUCCCCUGUAAGGACCUGGAUAUGGGUGGAUGGUAGCCCAUUACAUCAAACGCUGUGAGUGCUGUUUGGCGUUGAAUGUGUUUAUUUUAUAACAGGAGCAGAAAAUCUGAGUUCAUUGCUUUCAAACUGGAGUGCUUAAAAUUAGUCAUCUCAAUCCACACUCUGAUUUAAAAUGUACAGAAGGUGACACAUCAUCCGGUAUUAGCCUAUUAGAAAUUGAAAGCCAUCAUUUAUGUCAGUCAAAAAUGAAUUCUCCCUUAAGGGUUUGGCUUUCACAUAUAACUUGACUUUCUGUGAAUGUUGGGUUUCUCUAUAGCUCAGUAUUAACCUGGUAACCGGAUUGUUCCAAGUAUGCAGUACUUUGCUGCAUAACUCUGGUGAAGGUAACUCCUUAUAGCACCAGACCACCCUGUCACAUUUCUCAUAACAGUUUCCUCUUCUAUGUUUGCAUGCUCCCUGCACACCAAUGAAUACAAUAGCUGCAUUAGAACUUGAUGAACAAAUGUAGACAACUGAUAACACAUUUUCUUCAUUCCAC